AUGCAGGUCUUGAAGUGGGGCAUGAAGGACUACGACCAGGGCGUCGCAGAAGUGCGCAGGGAGUUCCGGGACGACUACCGGGACACCUGGCCAGAAGCCUUGCAGAAGCUGCUGCACUGGAUACUCUGCCUCGUCUUUAUGGCCGAGACCGUGCUCGUGACUUUGUGGGUGAGCGAGUGGCGGAUGGAGGCCCAGAUGAACCCCAACGGCUACACCUGGGGCCUGCGGAGCUAUCACAUACGGAACUACUACACGUACGUCAUUACGGCCAACAUCAAGCUGGUAGAUUGGCUUUGGACCUACCUGUCCACCUGGCUUUCCCAACGGGAAAACUGGAGGACUCGUGGGGAGCUCUUGAACAAGAUGGCGGAGAAGCUGUUUGCCGUGAAGUUUGUGGUGUUCUACUAUCCCUUCCUCUUCACGAUCCUCAUCAGGCCACACAUCACCGAGGCGGAUAUCUCCACUUGCUACGAGGCGCUGAGCAGUGACCUGCGGCUCUUCUUCAUCACGCAGAUCUGCAGCGAGGUGUGGCAAGUUGACCUCGAGAGGGCAGUGCACAGGUCUCUCUUCCUUGCAACCGCCUUGUAA